AUGAGCGAAAACGCCAAGAAAAAGCCUCAGAGAAAACAAGCGCACCAAAACACAUUUGCGUUCCGGCACAACCCAAACUCGUCUCUGACAAAGGCAAUCUCCGCCAUACCGAUUUCCAACCUCUGCAGACGGUGCAACGACAAGAUAGAGUGGAGAAAACAGUACAGAAAGUACAAGAUGCAGACGCACUUGGCGCGGUGCACCAUGUGCCAGCUGAAAAACAUCACGCUGGCGUACAAUAUCAUAUGCGAGCCGUGUGGGACAGCAAAGAACAUGUGUAGAAUAUGCAGAGUGGUUCUGUGCUUUGAAACAUGCGCGCCGCUAGAAGAAGUUCUCAAAAUGAAACAGGAGAAAGAGAGCGGAGAAAACACGCCGGUAGAUGUGAAAAUGGAUAAAGAGUAG